UAGGAGACACUAGUCUGCCAUCUUCUCAGGCUGCCAGUUUUCUGAAUAAGGUCAUAUUCCUUGCCUCAACAUCUUGUCUCCAAUUCAUUGGCCUGUCAUGCGGCAAGCAGGGUGAGCUUGGACUCGGUAACAGUGGAUUGUUAGGGAGUGAGGUGAGCACAGAGUGAAGGAGCUGCAGAUGCUGAAGAAGAAGGCAAGAUGGUGACAUGGAAGAACCAGGAGUCCUGGCGAGCAAAGGGGACCUGGCCUGGAAAGUCAGAGCAUCAACUAGACACACACUUGGCAAGAUAAGUGCUCCACUGUGCUUGCAGGGACACACUUCUCUUCCAUUUUUUCUUUAUUUUUCCAAUUGUAAAUGGGUAUUGUCCACCUCCCCACACUAAAGGGUACAGGAGAGGGAGCUGGUCUCAGAGUGAGAAACAAGACGUGGACCCUGCCGCAGGGCACGGUGAUGGCCUGUAAGAGGAAGCAGCUGGUUUUCAAGAGGAACGGUGGGGUGAGCAAGCCUGAAAGAGGCAGAGCAGAAGUGGGAAACCAGAGGCAAAAGACUUCCCUCCCCAUUGAGGGAGGGGAGGAGCAAGAUUUCUCAGCCACCUCCAAGCCGGCAAGACUGAAACGUUACCACAGGGACAUACAGAGACAGUCUCCCGCAUGGAGAGGCACUAAAGGGGCACCCAACACGGGCCGUCCUCAGCACUGGGCAAAGUGCAGCCCUAAUCCCGACCACCUCAAUUCAUUCAAGCUGGAUUGGGACUCCUUGGAUCCUUUGGACAGCUUUGGUGGCACCUUCCUAAGUGAGAUGAAACAGGACUCAAGAAAUCUAUGGCUUGAUUCAAGAUUCCACAUCGUUUACCUCCUUGAAGCCAUACUAGUGCUGAGUGACACCCAACAUGAGCUGCUGGCCUGGUCCAUGGAGAAGAGCAUCCUGCAGCAGGAGUGGCAGCUGGUGAAGAGCAUCCUGGAGCCCAACUUCCGGUACCCCUGUAACCUCACCUUCACCCUGGACCCCAGGUUCCUCGCCCCACUGCAGGGGGAGGUGGUGGCUCUCACUUUCGGCCUGCUGGAGGAGUGCGGCCUGAGGGUGGCGCCCGACAAGCCUCAGGGGACCUGGGACCUGGAGGCCAAUAAGCCCCUGUCUGCCCUGUAUGGGUCCCUGUCGGUGCUGCAGCAGCUGGCUGAGGCCUGAGCCCUCCCCGGGGCUCUCAGUCCAGAGAGGCCUGGCCGCAGCCCAGUUUGUGCAGUCUGUGUCCUUGUUGCCCAGGGAGCCGGGGCCACGCCUCUCUGCCUCUCCAGUUUGGGUGGACAGGGACCAACAAAUAUUCCAGGGAACAUUCUAGGGUGAUGGAAGUACUCUGUAUCUUGCUAAAGGUUUAUGCAUUUGUCAAAACGCAACAAAUAGCAUCUAAAGAUGUGCGUAUUUCGCUGCCUAUUAAUUUUACUUCAAAGCAAUGUACACACAUAUUGAACUCUCAUUAAUAUGCACUCUGAAUUGUAUUGGGUAAAGCAUACUGAUGUCUGUAACUUACUUGGAAAUGUAUCAGAAAAUAAGGUGAACUGAUGGAUGGAUAGAGAAAUAUGUGACCAAGGAAAUGUGGUAAAAUAUUUAAAACAAGAGUUCUUUUUUAGUCUUGAAAUGUUUUUGUAUGUCUGGAGUUGUUUCAAAAUAAAAUUUACCCGCCUCCCCACGCACACAAUUUUACCCGUGUGUCCGUCAGUCAGACUGUGUGUUUUCCUGACUCUGCCCUCUGAGCUGUGGAUUCA